CAAGAGAGAGAGGUGUGGAAGGUGGUUCGUAGUGAAAUUACCUGUUGCAGUCGCUGGUGGUACCACCUCCUCCUCCUUUAAACUCUUGGGGAAGAGAGCUUUUGGGCUGGCCGAAGAAAUCGUCGAUCGGUAGUCGGUUAUUAGUCGUGUGGACGCGUUUCGUUACGGUCCGUUCUCGACGAUCUUUGAUUCGGCGGAAAAUUUCGCGCACGUGAUCACGUGGUGGUUGUGAAGUUUGUGCAGGUCUCCCGGCUGUCUGUGCUAAUUACAAUAGCAAACACAAAGCCAAAACAUAACACAGAAGCUGUGCGGUUGUUGGACAGGCCUCUGUUACGUUCACCCUGUGAAGAGCGGAGAGUGACCAAAGUGAUAGUGAGAGUGAUUACGCGAUCGUCGUCGUCGUCGUCGUCGUAGAACCGGUUCCAGGCCCCGAAAACCUGAAGGUUGUAACUUGCGUGUUGAACAAGCGAACAAGGAAGACGUGAAGAAAGAAGACUUACCAGCUGAUGCGUUGUAGGGAAUCUCCGAGCAGAUCAAGUUGUCAAUCUUCGUCCAAGAUCUUUGGGAACUGUGCGUGCUGUGGACAGGUCAGGAAAUUAGUGUCAAAAUCUUGAUCUGAAGAAGCGUGGAGUCCGUUGGUCCGAAGAAGUUAUGCCACCUCCUGUGGGCCGUUUGGCCGCCUCCAGCAACCAUUACGCGGUGUUAGUGCUAAGUCUGGUGACAGUGAGCGCAAUAGUGAUCCCGGUAGUGGACGGUGGGGAAGAAGUGGCCCGAUCUGUGGAUGCCGGGGGAAGCUUUAACCGGUACUACAACGAUGUCGUCCAGCGGGAUGAUCUGCGGAGCACCAUCAGCCGGCAGCUGCCGAAGCAGGGCAAGUUUUUCGAGGAGUUUGACCGGAUGAUCCCCCAGACGUGUCGCCACAAAGGUCGCAAAUUCGAGUGUGGCCUCUCGAUAUCCUGCGUCCUGGGUGGGGGAAAGCCGGUCGACCUCUGCUCCGGCGGCAUGAUCUGGUCCUGCUGCAUCGACCGGGAACCUCAAGUGGAGCCCGAUCCGGAACAGGGUGCCGUCCACAACGCCAGUUGUGGCGAGCUGUACACCCGCACGAACCGGAUCGUGGGCGGCCACUCGACGGGCUUCGGAACGCACCCCUGGCAGGCUGCGCUCAUCAAGACGGGCUUCCUGACGAAGAAGCUCAGCUGCGGCGGCGCCCUGGUUUCGAACCGAUGGGUCGUGACGGCAGCUCACUGCGUGGCCACGACUCCCAACAGUAAUCUAAAGGUGCGGCUCGGUGAGUGGGACGUGCGAGAUCAGGAAGAACGGUUAAACCACGAGGAGUACAGCAUCGAGAGGAAGGAGGUGCAUCCGAGUUACUCGCCCAGUGAUUUCCGGAAUGACAUUGCGCUGGUCAAGCUGGACCGCAAGGUCGUCUUCCGGCAGCACAUCUUACCGGUGUGUCUGCCGCCAAAGCAAACCAAACUGGUGGGCAAGAUGGCCACCGUGGCUGGUUGGGGCCGAACGCGGCACGGCCAAAGUACAGUUCCUUCAGUGUUGCAGGAAGUGGACGUCGAGGUGAUACCGAACGAUCGCUGCCAGCGGUGGUUCCGGGCCGCAGGUCGGCGCGAAACCAUCCACGACGUGUUUCUGUGCGCUGGCUACAAGGAGGGUGGCCGCGACAGCUGUCAGGGCGAUUCCGGUGGGCCGUUGACGCUGACGCUGGACGGGCGGAAGACGCUGAUCGGGUUGGUUUCGUGGGGCAUCGGCUGCGGGCGGGAACAUUUGCCCGGGGUGUACACCAACAUUCAGAAAUUUGUGCCUUGGAUCGAGAAAGUGAUGGGAAAGGAGUUUUCCUGAGCGGGGGAGUAAACGAAAUGGUCAGAACGAAGUGUAAAUAGUCAAACUGAACUAAAGUAGGGUACUUAAAAUAAAACGUUAGUGGUACUAGGGUAAUCGAAGUAUCGUUAGUGAGGUCAAUCAUUUACCAUGGAUGUAAAUUUUACAGUACACGCUGUUUUAGAAGCGCAAAUGAUUCAGAGUUCAUACGGAUGACCAGCUGUGGAGAUAACAAAAAAAUAACAGUAUUUUCUCAUUCAAUCAUUGCAAACGUCGUUGAAGGUAGUGCGUGGUUUAGUAAUUUAUUAGUAACUUAUUUGAAUUAGGUCAUCGAACAGCAUGGUGCGAUUGUCAGCAAAGCCGGAUGAAAUCGCAAAAGACUAGGAUUAGUACUGACUAUUACCAUAUUUUUUAUACGACAAAGUUUCUUAUAGCAUCUAAGCUAGCUGGUAGACUGUAAAGGAAAAUAAAUGGUCACUUUUGAUG